AUGUCAGACUGUGAUUCUUCCUGCAUGUCUCAACAGAAGAGCAUCACAAACAACCAACUCUGUGAAGGAUGUGAGUGCUCAGAGGACGAAGGCAGGAGGCUGAAGAGGAGAGAGAAGAACAGAGUUGCAGCUCAGAAGAGCCGCAAGAGACAAACCCAGAGAGCCGAUCUGCUGCAUGAGACCUGUGAGCUGCUGGAGCAGAGGAACAGGAAGCUGAGGAGAGAGGUGGAUUCUCUGUCAGAGGAGCAGCACCUGCUGACUGAAGUUCUCAGAGCCCACGAGCCCCUCUGUCCCAUCAUGCACUGCUCCUGCACCUCCUCCAGCCUGCAGCCUGAUGACAUGGCAGCCUGUUCAGUUUGAGUUUCUGAGCACAGUGAACUCCUGAAUGUCUAAACUGACAACUGUCCCAGUAAACCUCUGGAGGCCGCUGACUGAUUAGAAAUGAAGUGCAGCUGCAGCAGAUGUGAGGUUCUGCUGAUCUCUGGUGGCAGAACUGAUUAUCACAGUGAACAGCGUCCUCUGCUGGUUGAUGCAGCAGCUCAUGUCCAUGAUGUAAAUACAGUAAGCUUGCUGCACUGUACAUGUCCCUAAAAAUUAAACAUAACAUUUAAACUGAUGAUUUUUGGAAUCAUUUAAUCCAUUCAUUCGUUUAUUUUCCGUG